AGUGUGUGUUUUACAGAGAGAGACCAAAGCAGGCACUGACAUCACAGGGCAUUGAAGACCUUCCUUCUGAAUCUCCCUGUGAAGUGAUACAGUUAAGAAGAAAUUGCUUGUCAGCUGUUUGUUGGAGACCACUGCAAUUCCUCCUGGCUGUUGUGGAGAAGAAGAUCUUGGUUUGUGUGGCUUCCGCCUGUGAUUGGCUGUCACACUUUGGGCUCCCCCUCCUCUCUCUCCCCUCUCUGCUACGAGCCCACUCCAUACUGUCCUCAGGCUUACCUGAGCCACAACUGCAGAAACGCUGGACGCCCUCCUCCACACACACACACACACACACACACACACGAUCUCUCUCUCUGUCUUUCACACACACACGCACACACACACACACACACACACACACACACACACAAACACACACAUACACAGCUUUUCACCUGGAGAGGGCAGGCGCAUGAGACGGCAUGUGCAGCAGCAGCAGUCUCUCCUCACAUCUAGUGCUUCCUCUCUGAGUUGCCUCAUUCUGGAGAGUGGAGAGGAACUCUAAAAAAGAGAUUUUGGAGCCAUUGUCCCGUGGCGAAAGCAGGAGAGACGGGGGCAGCGAGGGAGCACUUGUCAACCCAGGGACGCCAAAGGCAACACACAGCAUGAUUUUGGGAGGCAUAAACCGGGCCGGGGCGGCGGUGCCAACAUUCUUACGGACGCCCACGAUGCUCCAGCCCCACCUGGACAUGAAGCCCUUCCUGCAGUUCCCCAUGGAGACGCCCCCUCCUCCGCAUAGCAUGAGCCUCUUCCACAACUUCAACACGAUGGACCCAGUGCAGAAGGCCGUUAUCAACCAUACCUUUGGAGUUCCACUGAUCAAGACCAAGCGGCCAGUCAUCUCGUGUAAUGUCUGCCAGAUCCGCUUCAACUCAGAGAGCCAGGCAGAAGCCCAUUACAAAGGAAACCGCCACGCCAGGAGAAUCAAAGGCAUCGAGACCUCUAAGAGUCGUCCUCAGGAGGGGGACAAGCCUCAUACUCUGCCCCACACCUCCUCCCCGUCUCCACCUGGAGCAACUGGUACUGCCCCAGACAGCGAGCCCUGCAAAGAGGAUGAAAUACGACCUCUGUCACAGUUAAAUGGACCCCUGCUGGCCCCGGGGCCCCUUCCCCCUCUUACCACCCCGCCUACCCCACCCAUGGACUCCCCCGUGCCCUCAGUGUGCACCCUCUUGCCUACCCCUACUCUUCCCCUGAUGCCCCCCUCCUCCUCCUCCCCAGGCUGCAGCAGUGGCAGUGCAAGCUCAGAGCAGCCUGGAUCUGGACCCCAGGUUUCAGGAGUCAUUGGCUCCGUGGCCACAAACAGCCCGUCCAAUCCAGAGACAGAGGAGGACAAAGCCAAGAAGCUGCUGUACUGCUCUCUGUGCAAGGUGGCUGUCAAUUCCUUAUCACAGCUGGAGGCCCACAACAAAGGUGGGUUAAUCUGUACCAAACACAAAACUAUCCUGGAGGCACGGAGCGGGCUGGGCCCCAUCAAGGCGUAUCCUCGCCUGGGCCCUAAGCCCAGUGGAGAGCAGGGAGGGGGGCCAGUGGACCCCAACACUCAGGAACGAACCUUCCACUGUGAGAUCUGCAAUGUGCGGGUCAACUCUGAACUGCAACUCAAACAGCACAUAUCAAGUCGAAGGCAUCGGGAUGGCAUGGCAGGCAAGCCUAACCCCCUCCUCAGCCGACACAAGAAGCACAGGGGAGCUGAUCUGACGUCUUCUUUGACCUUCUCCAAGGAUCUCACCAAAGCUCUGAGUGCAGGCCUCUUGCCCAGCCCCCUGGCUGUUGCUGCAGCAAUGGCCGCUGCGGCUUCCUCGAACCCGCUGGCUCUCCGUGCAGCAGCUCCUUCGCACCACCCACACCAUCACCUAUUGCAAGGCCCGCCUCUCAGCCACGCCAUCCUGAGACCCGCCCCCGGGCCCAUUCGCACCACCCACGGGCCAAUCCUCUUCUCCCCUUACUGACACAUCACUGACUUCGGCCAGUCAGGAACAGCCACUCCAAAAGCACACUGUGAAGAUACAAACAUAAUCAACAAACAGCAAUUGACAGGGGGAAAAAAAUUCAACCAUUUAAAUACUGAACUGAGAGAAAAGCGAGGGAAAGGUGCAGCAGAAAGGAGUAGAAGUAUAUGUCUCUCUUUCUUCCCUUUACCUGAAACUUUCCCUCCAUUUCAAAGACUUCUGAUUGAUCCGCACAUGGAAUGAGCAGAGGAGAGAUUUUCAUAAUGCAUUGAACUUCCAUGCACAUCUCUCACCUCCCCUGGCCCCUCUCCCUUGCACUGUGGCCCUGUCAUGGCCGCCUCGAUAGCUACAGAAGAAACACAGGCAGACCUUUCUAGAAACAUUAAACCACAUGUAGUGUUACAUAAUUAUUCUGGGCCAGGUUGGUUUUCUCCCCUCGUCAUGGCUCAGCGUGUUCUUCUCAUCCUAUGCACCUCAAAAAUCAAGACAAUAAUGUUAUGUCAGUAGGGUAGCUGCUUCCAUUGGUCUUUGCUGUAUGCGCCACAUGUAGCUGUGGCGGCCUCCGAGGUAACGUACAUGUCCCCUUCUACGCCGGAGGCAAGCAAUUCUUCAGUUUGUGACACUAGCUCCUCGCUAGAAACAACAUGACUUCGGCUGACAGGCAGGUGGUAGCCGCAUUUGAACAUGUCUGCU